AUGACCUUCACUGAAGAGGAAUGGACUCUCCUGGAUCCUUCCCAGAAGAAUCUCUACAGGGAGGUGAUGCUGGACGCGCUCUGGAGCCUGGCCUGCGAGGCUGUGACCUUCGAUGAUGUGUUUGUCAACUUCACCCUGGAGGAGUGGGCUCUGCUGGAUGCAGCCCAGCAGCAGCUAUACAGAGACGUGAUGGUGGAGACCUUCCGGAACCUGGCCUCCAUACGUAGAACCACCAUAAUCUGCACAUCCAAAAUGUUUUAACAUUGGAAGCCUCUGGACCUCCGGUCUUUUGCCAAAAACAACGAUUUCUGAUGCUUUAAGGGUUUAAGAUAUAUGAAGACUUGCUGGGCACCAGUGG